AUGCCCGCUCGUCGGAGCCGUGCCUCGGCCGCUUGUCUCUUUUGCCGAUCUAAAAAGUUGAAAUGCGACGCCCAGAAACCCGAAUGUGGUAAUUGUCGGGCCAAGGGCGUAGAGCCAACCAAUCGCCGAAUCUCUCAGUUGGAGCAUGAGAAUGCAGUACUUCGUCAAAAAUGCAACGAGAUGCAAUCCGGAUCGGGUGCCUCUGAAAGAAUUGACUCGAUCACACCAGAUGCGUCAACGGGUACUCCACAUCAACCUCGGAGCGUGUCAAUGACCGCUCCGUCUCUUCAUGGGUCAUCUCCGGCCAGAGGACCCCAGUCAGUCCCAAGCCGGGGCUUGUCGCAUCCAGAGGCACCCGGGACUCAAGACCAUCGCCGUGGCCCAUCAUUGUACCAUGGGCCGACAAGCAUAGUCUACGACGACACCGCCCAUUCUACAGGAGAAGACGAAGGAACUAGCGAGAUUCAGUCUAGCGCGAAUGAAGAGUAUGCCCGCAAGCUGCUCUUUGCUCAGACUGCAAGGCAGAGACAACUAGAGCCCCUGGAUCUAGCGUAUGGCAGACUUGACUUUGAUGGCCUCGACCCGGAGCUGGGCAUGCAUCUUUUAACGAUCUACUGGAGCCGUCAACUCUACACGGCUCAAAUCAUCUAUCGUCCGCUAUUCAUGCGGGACAUGGCUUGCGGUGGCCCAUACUUCUCGAAGCUUCUCCUCAAUGCCAUCUUGUUCACGGUCUCGAAGCAUUGUCCCCGGCUUGAAUUGCGCUCUGACCCCGAUGAUGUUACAACGACGGGUUGGAAGUUCCGUCAAAGAUUCACCGAGCUUCUCCGCGAAUCUUUUGAUAAAAGCGAGAUAACAACCAUCCAAGCGUUGCUUAUCAUGUCAAACUCACUCUUUUCACGAUGUGACGAGCGCAGUCUAUCAUGGCUUUACGCAGGAAAUGCCUUUAACAUGAUCAUCGAUCUGGGCCUCCACGUGCUUCCAUCUUCCAGCCAGAUGCCCGCAGAAGAGCUAGAGGUUAGGAAACGAGUGCUGUGGGGCGCUUACACAAUCGACAAAAUUCAAUGCCUGCUUCAAGGGAGACCGCCCUUGCUACGACAGGUCAAUUUCAAAGCCUCGCUUGACUUCUUGGAUGAGUACGAUGAGCUCGAUACGUUCAAAAAUUUGACCUACAGCGCCAUUGGUCAGGAGACGGUGAUACCUUCCUACAACGUCUCGCUGUUAACGAAAUUAUGCGAACUAUCUAUUAUUUCGGAGCGUAUACUCUGCGAGCUCUAUUCGGAGUCUCAGCCCCGGGGCCGGGACCGGCACUCGAGAAUAUCCACCGAAAUAAGCUCAGAUAUAGAUCGCUGGCGUUCGAAUUUGCCACACGAGCUCGAUUAUCUCUCGUACCCGCGGGAAGGCGUCCUUCUGCCACAGGCUUUUUGUCUUCUGGCCUUGUCAAAUGCCUUGAUGAUCCUCUCACAACGACCGCUUUUUACAAACGCCUCUCAGAGUCACAUUCACAACUCGACCUCGGCUUACGAAGCCGUCAGCAAGUGUACGGCUGCUGCCAAUCAGAUCGCUCAGAUUCUGCGUGAUUAUUCUCAGCAUUUCUCAAUCACCUCGGCUCCGUACAUGCUAUCCUAUGCCACUUACAUCUGUGCCACUAUUCACGUCAGGAUCGCCGCUCAGAAGGGCCGCGGCUCAGCCUCCUUCAAUUGCUUGCUUCUUUGUCGCAAUGUUCUUCAACAACACCUCCGGCUAUAUGCCGCUGCGGGCAAGGCCAUGGGCAAUCUGGAUAAGCUCAUAGCUCACCAUAAAGUUCUUCUCACUGAAGACGAUCAGCUUGGUGCUUCUUUGGCGAAAUUUGACCACCAAAUAUGCCCACGGAAUCUGGUUGACUUACCCGAGAUGUUAUUCACCCCUAUUCAGGACGCUGAGAUUGGUUCCCCGCAAUUGAACUGUGGACUAUCGGAUCUUGAUCUCGAGGCCAUCGCUCAAAGUUUCCGGCUUGAUUCGGAAUUGCAUUAUUUAAUGCACCCUGUUGGGAUCUAG